GAGAUGCAAUACACUAUAUAUAUGCCUCUACGAACCCUAGACCUCCUCUCCCUCUUCCUCCAAUUUCUCUUCUGGUGAGCUUCCCUUCUCUCAACAUUUUCAAUCUGAGUGCUUCGAUCGAUCAGAAGGUAGAUUAAUAAGUGCAGUAUAUAUUAGUUCUUUGAGAUGGAAGGAGAGAGCAGCGUCGUUCCACCGGGUUUCAGGUUUCACCCCACAGAAGAAGAGCUGGUGGGUUACUACCUUGCGAGAAAGGUAGCUUCUCAAGAGAUUGAUUUAGAUAUCAUUCAAGAUGUCGAUCUUUAUCGAAUAGAACCUUGGGAUCUUCAAGAUAAGUGCAAGCAUGGAGUACAUGAGGAGCAAAAAGAAUGGUACUUCUUUAGCUUCAAGGAUAGGAAGUAUCCAAGUGGGACGAGGACGAAUAGAGCUACUUCGGCUGGAUUUUGGAAGGCAACCGGUCGAGACAAGCCGGUGUUAUCGAAGUUUAGGGUAAUAGGGAUGCGCAAAACGCUUGUCUUCUACAAGGGAAGAGCACCAAAUGGGAAGAAAACAGAUUGGAUCAUCCAUGAAUAUCGUCUUCAAUCCAAUGAAAAUGACCCAACUCAGGAAGAAGGAUGGGUUGUUUGUAGAGCAUUCAAGAAACCAAACCCCAAUCAAAGGCCUAAUUUGGACAGUUUCGGGCACAAUUACUAUCCGAAAUCUGUUCUUGAACACACUCAAUCAGGAUAUGAAACUCUUGAAUUCAUUGUGUCUUCUUCACAAAGAGUAGCAUUUUGUGGGAAAGGUUUCCAUCACAAGGAUGAAUUGCCUCAAUCUAAGAAAGAUAAUCAUGACGAUGAAGUCCUUCAUCACAUUCAAGAACUGUCCAAUGAAUUGUUUGAUUCUAAUAAAGAAUCUCAAGAUGAUCAGGUUCUGCAGAUUCCCUGGCUCAUACCAAAGUUGUCAUCAGAUGAAUUGCUUGAUUCUAACAAAGAUAACCAUGAUUACGUUCUUCGUGUUGCGCGAUCAUCAGAUGAAGUAAGUUCCUCUUCAAGCUUAUGGUCUAGAGAACAAUUUGAAGGCAAUAUUGUGGGCAGUACUGAGCUUGAUGCCAAGGAUAAUAGUCAUGGUCAAUUUGUUGAUUGGAAACUGAUUGAUAAGUUACUUUCCUAGAAAUACAAUUUCAGCUAAAUGUGAUUAAAGCACCAAAAGUUCAACCUUUGAAGGUUGUUUUGAGGGAUUAUAAUGUUCGAACUUUCAUAUUGGUAAUUCUAUUGAUUAAUG